AAAUAGUAAAUUACAGAUACCCAAAACAACUACUUAAGUAGUACUUCAAAGUAUUUUUACUUAAGUAUUUACACCACUGCACCAGGGUAUAAAGAAGCCAUUAAUUAGGAAUGACCUCAAGUAAGUUGAAUGUCAGAGCAAACAAACUGGCCUAUUUUUAGGUGGCAUAACACUGAAUAUUGGUCAUUAGAUAUUAGUGCCUGCUGCAAGCUGCUGGAUAACGAAGUAUCUAACUACUUAAAGAAAGUAUUGCUUAAUGCUCUGAACUAUGAUAGUGGAGUGUAAAUAUCCAGUAGGCCUGACUCCCUUACCUGUACAUACGCAGCUGUUUUAUCAUCAGCUGUAGAUUUAAUGAAAUAUCAAGUGUAUGGUGGGUUACAUUUUCUAGGCUAUUACCAGCCUAGUGGCCCAUUCAGUCACAGUAAGCUUUAUGUGUUUGUGUCACCAUCCCUGUUGGAUAACUCUGGAACUUUCUGUUUACAGCUCUUUGCGAUAAAAUGUUCCCCUCUGAAUCAUAGGCACCACUGUGUAAUGGUGCCACACAGCCCGUCCCCCUCUCGCCUCCCCACUAACAGGACACUCUCUGUCAGGCAGCUACACCAGCAACUCCCACACUAAAGUCCCUUUGAAAUGCAAGUUCGUUUUUUUGUUGUUGUGUGUACUUAGUGUAAUAUGCAGUGUGCAGCUUAAGAACCCUCAGGUUCACUGGAGCAAAAAGCAGUGUCAGUAGGUAUGGUUGCCUUGGCCCAUAAUCUGUUUGUCUGAUUCAAUUUUUGGAUUGGGAGGAGAAUCAAAGUAUUUUCAAUUGAUGUAGGCUAUAAGUAGCCACAGUGUAUUGGGUAAAAGGAAGGAUUCAUUUUGAAAUGGACUGUGUGUAGGUGGUCUGGAUUCUCAGUUCCAGUAGAUGGUUUAUAAUGAAUGUCUUGUCACAGCCUAGUAGUUCUGUCCUGGGAUUCUAUUUAUUUUUCUAUGCAUUGCAUGUGUAUUGUGCCUGGUUGUCAUGCAAUUAUUCCAAAACUCAUAACCUUGUGUAGGUGGGUGUGCUUCGCACUAUCAGGUGAUUCUGCAGUAGUUUUGGGUUACAGCAUGGGCUGACUGAUUACAGUGGGCAUGCAUACCUCUCCUCUCUCAGAAAAGGUGCGCCCGUCUCUCUGUACCUGACUAUAGCACACCUGCUCAUGUCAGUCAGCCCCACAAUGGACAGGUUGUUGCAGUGCUGUGGAGAGCUCUGCAGAGGGGGUCUCUUCUCCUGGUUGCUUUCAUCACUCCUAUUAGGCUGGGUGAAGGAAUGCACAGGCCAUGGGUUCCCUCUGCUCUCCUGCUUGGGUAGCCAUCAGGUUAGGCCUAAAUGAGGCCCUUUUGUCUCUUAAUGGGUGCAGGAGCGCCACACCUGCAUUAGGCUAGCACAAGUUUACUUAUCAUGCUCUGCCCUGGGGCCUCUUGGAGGAGCGUACUGGAGGAGAGAUGCACAGAUGUCUACCCCCAGUCGUGGAUCCAUACGUCCAAUGACCAGGCCCCCUGACAUCAUCCUUUUCACAGCUGUCUUGCUCAACUGCCUUACAGGAAUGUACAAAAUGUAACGUAUUUAAAGAAUUGUUGUAUAAUCAGUAUUCUCUCUUAUACAUGUACAAUUAUGGGCAUUUAGCAAACAAACAAGUGCUCUUUGAAUGGACCAUUUGAAGGGUUACUGAUGAUUGAGUGUGUGAGUGUACCAGCCAAGGUUUUUAGGACACUAGUGUGAGGAAUUCAGUGGAGGCCUGACCUAUAGAGCGGGUGUCAUGAGCUGGGUUAGGGUGCAUCACACGUACACAGCUGACUCUACACUGGGUAGAUGUUUACCCAACUACAUGUGACGUUGCUCCCACAGUCACUGUUAUAUACUGUACCUCAGAAUGCAAGUCACAUGCAGUACUUGUCAGACAGUUAUGUACGAGUGUCUUUUUUUAAUUGUCUACUUUUAGUGAAGAAAAUAGUUGUAGUACUUUAGAGGACUCUCAUUAUACAGUACACCAGUCUGAUAAAGUUGACUUGAUGAAACUGUCUGUUUGCUAUGAUACGGUAUGGAAUACUUACUCACACCCACAAACCCAGUUACACUGAUUUACGUGUUCAGGGCAGGUCUGUUUGGAUUACUGACUGUCAGUCUUAAGGACAUUAGAACACCUCUUCCUGAGUGUUGUGUAGAUACUGUAGACUUCCUGUUUACCCACUUCUUCACCAAUGAUACAUGACUAUACCCAUCAUCAUUGGCCUUUCUCGGCACUACACAGGGUACUUACAGGCAUCAGGGCUGCCAACAAUAUCAACAUGUCCACAGACCAUCAUCUUCAGACUGUGAGUAGACUAGAAAUCAAGCUCUUUAUAAAAGCCUCCAAAAUAGUAAAGCUGCUAACUACUGUCAUACAGUAAAAAUGGGUCAGACUGCAGACACAGGAGUGGAUAGGAGUAAAUCUGGGUGGAGGUUUGUUGGUGUAGAUUAAGACUAGGCGGAGUAGAUUGAGACUAUGGGGAGUAGAUUGAAACUAUGGGGAGUAGAUUGAAACUAGGCUGAGUAGAUUGAGACUAUGGGGAGUAGAUUGAAACUAGGCUGAGUAGAUUGAGAAUAGGUUGAGUAGAUUGAGACUAGGCGGAGUAGAUUGAGACUAUGGGGAGUAGAUUGAAACUAGGCUGAGUAGAUUGAGACUAGGUUGAAUAGAUUGAGACUCGGCUGAGUAGAUUGAGACUAGGCUGAGUAGAUUGAGACUAGGUUGAGUAGAUUGAGACUAGGUUGAGUAGAUUGAGACUAGGCUGAGUAGAUUGAGACUAGGCUGAGUAGAUUGAGACUAGGCUGAGUAGAUUGAGACUAGGCUGAGUAGAUUGAGACUAGGUUGAGUAGAUUGGAAAGGGACAGCAUUGAUAAAUCGCCAGGGUUCCUGACCCCCCUGUUUUGGAAAUGUUUGUCAAUCUGACAAACAAUGGCUGGCUGAAGGCCAGGGGGGACUUGCCAAACCACGGCCAGCACACACAUCCUGCCUUUGUGGGCCAGGAAUGCCAGGAAUCCAGACAGCUGCCCUCCUUCUCCCACCCCUCCCUCCCCAAAAAGGUGCUCUCUCUCAAACAUCCCCAGUGUCCCAGUGGUUUCAGCCCAGUAGCCUGGGUGUCUGGGUGUUUGUGUAAGGCGCUGCUUGUGGCUCACCUCUCUCUCCCUCCAUUCCUCCUCUCUCUCCACAGUGCUCCUCCGUCCUCACAUCAGUGGCAGGCAGGUUAGUAGCAACACCUGCUCUCUGUGUUUCCCCUCUGCUCCCACCCACUGAUCUUUAUCCACACUGAGAUUCCUGCUGCCUCAACUCUCAACACAUCCAUGGUGGUUUUUAUAUUUGGUUUUUCAUUUUGGUUCAUUCCUUGCAAUUCUUGAAUUUUUGAAGCGGUUUUGUAUUCAAAGAUACUUGUAUUAUACUUUUUUUUAUUUUUUUACAUCAAUUUUAUUUAAAGAGCACAUAAAGUGCAUGUAAAGUGCCUACACAACGUAUCUUUGCAUUCUUUACAAAGGAGCGUAGUGAGAUUCACAUGUUAAGGGUACAUUUUGGCUGUAUAAAGCAAACAUUUCAAGAGUCUCAAUAAGAAUACAAUAUGUAAAAACCACUUAAGAAAAAUAACAUAAACAAUCAAACACAAAAACCCAGAAGUUACAGAAUAAGACCAGUACGAUAUGACAGGAACUUUGACCAGACAUCUUCAUACCUAUGCUGUCUAUGUUGAAAGAUUGAUAUAAUUCUCUCCAUGACAGCGAGUUCCACCCAUAGACCUAACCACAUAUCUUUUGGGGGUGCAUUUUGUUACACAUUUCCUUUCUGCUGCUAAAAGAUCAUCUAUCAAUUUAAGUGGAGAGGAGUGGAGUGUAUCCACAGGAACAAUACCUAAGAGGAGAUGAUAUGGGUCUGGUUGAGUAAUAAUAUGUGUGAUGUCCUAUAUAAAAUGGAGAAUUUCAGACCAAAAAGACUGGAUUUUCAGACACGUACAAAAUAUAUAUGAUUAAGACACGUGUUUUUUCUGAACCAUUAUUAUUAAUAUAUCGUUUGACAUUUUUUUUGGGGGGGGGGGUCUGCUUUUGCAGAAGAAGCUGUGUUGUGGUUUUGUCAAGGUGAACUGGGUUAAGUGAGGACAGUUCUGACAAAUUGAGCAAGGAUCCACAGAAACAGGUCCUAGUUAUUUUCUUUGCCUUCUCCUGUGGUGUGAGAGGCUUGCUAUAUUCACACUCACUCCUCUCUGUCUCGCUCUGCAGGUUUUCAGUGGCCUCAUCAAAUGUGCUAAAUUCCGUUUCCUGUGUUUCAUAACAAUGAGAGCCAAGGCCUAAUGCAGGGCCUUCCUGCCCUCGAACAAAACACUUUUUAUGUCCCGCUGGUAUGACAAUGGGAAUGUUUCGUUUUUCCUACCAAACAUGGGAACCUGUAGAAGAGCCUUUGUUUCCUGGAAUGUGGCCAUUAGGAAAGAGAUGGAGGGAACACAGGAUAUGUGCCCUGCCCUGGGCAAUGCGUUUCAAUGGGGUGGCUGGGGCCAGAGGAGUUGUACGCAGGGAUUUUCUCUGCUAUCUGCAUCACCACUUCCCCUAUUAAAGUGGAUUCUAUGCCAGAGUGGGAUUCCCCACUCGUUUUUUCCUUUACACCUGCACUUGUUUUUUUUCUGUUGACAGCAUCAGUCUUACUUGACCCCCAUUGUCAAAUACCGCUCAUAUGCCAGAAUGUAGCUACCGUGUCACUCGACAGUAUGGGAAUCCCGCAGCCCUGGGUUCAAAUAGUGUUUGUGUUCAUUCAAAUACAAAUACUUAAAGGACAUAUGUGUUACUUUUCAACCUCAUAUUCAUUAACUCCAGCACCAUACCAGUGUCUACAUAUGGGAAAAUGGCAUGUUUCUAUGUUCAGUGAUUACAAAGUUAAGAUGAAAGGUCCUAAUGAAGGCUUCUCUGUGACAUCACAGUGUAGGGUUAAAAGUUUUUUUUUUUUACAUUGAUUUUUCAAACCUGCAACAAGUUUCUAGCCAGAGGGAAGAUGUUCUCUUGCUCCCCACGUCACCGCGAAUCUCAUAGUGUUUUUCAAAAUUGUAACUUUUGAUGACGUCAUGGGAUAGAACUUUUUAAAUGUUACAUUUUUUCUACUAAAUGUAGAAAUGCAUUGUUUUCACACAUGUAGACACUGGUACUGUGAAAAUGGAGAUAAUGAAAAUGAGGUUAAAAAGUGGUGGAAUUGCCCUUUAAGCUGCACUUGAUUGAGCUUUCAAGGCAAAAUGGGACUGAUGGGGAGAAUUUAAAUUGCAUACUCCUACUCCUCCCGUCCUCUCCCUGCCUCCUUCUCAAAACCCAUUAGAGGAGAAGGUUAGGGUGGAGGGAAAUCUGGCUUCCCAUCCAAUGGGUUUUAAGAAGGAGGCGAGGAGAGAGGACACGAGGAGUGUGCAAUUGAGAUUCUCUCAUGGAAUAGUCCCAAAAGUGCAAACCACACCAAUCUGGCACUAAAGAAAGGCUCAAUCAAAUGCUCAACCUAUUUGAAAUAAAUCAAAUACUAUUUGAAGCCACUCCACACUUAGCUUACUUAUUAUGGAUUUAUCAGCAAUGAUAUUUUCUUGUAGUUUCUCAAUAGCAUUAGGGACAUAUGAUAGAUAGUAAGCUGUCAGUGCACUGAAGUGCCUACAGAGUUGUUUCAUAAUAUAACCAUGGUUUGUCAGUAUGGUAAUGUAGCAAUGGUGCAAUUUCUUCCUCUCCUACUCCACUCACUCAAUCCCCCCUUGAUUCACUUUCUCUUCCUCCUUGAGAGGAGAGCUGAUGUCACAGGGAGGUGGCGGUCUGCCCAUGUCUAUAAGUACAGGCACCACAGAGGGAAUCUCUAUAUGAAGUGGAGCUAACCCAGCUGAGCAGUGCUGACCCAUGCUGAGAAAAGACACUGCAGGAGAACAAAGAAACACUAUCGACUGGUGUACCUUUUAGUGCGCUCAAACAGAUGAAGGAAUACGUGAACUGACAUACAGACUUCUCUCCUCUGGACUCAGGUGCAGGCUCUGGACAGUAUAUCAUCACAGACACUAGGUAUCUAUUCUAGAAUUAACAACCUCUAGGACGGAAUCUUUAUCUCUAAUUUAAAUUGUGUAAUCUACACCUUCGGGAUGUUUUCUCUGGUUAGUUUGAGACGGACCGUCUCCACACUGUUCGUUCUCCUCUCCAGUGCUGCUGUCAUGGUAGAGAGUGACUGUCCUACCCAGUGCUCCUGUGGCCCCUCACCGCCAUCGUGCCCAGCGGGCAUUAGUUGGGUGACAGAUGCCUGUGGCUGCUGUAAGGUGUGUGCCAGGCAGUUCAACCAGGACUGCAGCCCCAGCCAGCCCUGUGACCACAUCAAGGGCCUGCACUGCCACCUGGGGGCUGGGGGAGACCCAGAGAGAGGCCUGUGCCGAGCGGAGGCCCAGGGCCGGCCCUGUGAGUUCAACGGGCGUGUCUACCAGCAUGGAGAGGACUUCCAGCCCAGCUGCCAGCACCAGUGCAGCUGCAUGGACGGGGUGGUGGGCUGCAUGCCACUCUGUCCCCAGCAGGUACCCUUGCCCGACUGGCGCUGCUCCCAGCCAAGGCUGGCACGGCCCUGGGGCCGCUGCUGUGAGGAGUGGGUCUGUGAUGACAAAAACCACAUCAGUGAGGACCCAGAGGAACCUCCACAGGCAGCCCUACCUGACCCACAACCCCUCCCAAACCACAUCAACAACCAGCUCCAGGCCCAAGCCCUGGCCCAGCCACACUAUCAGGCCAGCACUGGAGUCACCUUUAGAGAGUUGGUGUCCCUCCCCAGGUCCCAGGUGUUGCUAAGCGCCAGAUGCCUCCCUCAGACCACUGAUUGGACGGAAUGUUCCACCACGUGCGGGAUGGGCAUCUCAAGCCGGGUGACCAAUAACAACGCAGAGUGUCGGCUGGUCAGAGAGACACGACUCUGUCAGGUCCGCCAAUGUGACCUGCCGCUUACCCCAGCAAUCAAGAGGGUAAAGAAGUGCCAGCGUACAGUGCGCCCCCAGGAGCCAAUCAGGAUCAACUUUGCUGGCUGCUCCACAACACGCCGCCAUCGGCCUCACACCUGUGGCUUCUGUGCGGAUGGGCGAUGCUGCACCCCUUCACUGACCCGCACCGUCCGCCUGCGCUUCCAAUGUCCCGACGGAGAGGGCUUCACACGCAACGUCAUGUGGAUCCAGAGCUGCAGCUGCAAGAAGAGCUGCCACAAUCACAGUUCCCCCUCAAGGCCCUCUGUCAGCCUGCACAAUGACAUCCACAACUUCAGGCACUGAGGCAGGCUUAGGAGGAUGCCCAACCCUAGCCUCAACACACUAGACAGGGCUACUGCAUGCUAACCUCUCCCCAUCUUCCACCCACCCUCUGCCCAGGGAUAGCCCUGCCUUUCAGUCCCUUCCUGGACACCAGCCUCUCCCUCCUGCACCAGCGCCAGACUAUGGGAGAGACAACCUCGGCUAGGUGGCCGCUCCAUCCAACCAGGCAGAACUAUCGCUUGCACUUUAAGCUUCCUGACACGUUGCCACAAGUUAUCCGAUAUGAGAGAUGUGGAGCAACUGCUCUCCACAGCCAGGUCCAGUGUCCCUUCCCUGUUGAUGACACAGUCACAGAACUGUUCUGGUGGAGGGAGGGACAGCACUGAGCACAACAGACUAUGGAUGGCCUGAUGUGACUUUCUUGAUGUCAUGUUGAACUUGUAAAUUAAUCAGUUUGAUUGUCUGCUUUUCCCCCUCAUUAUUUAUAAUUUGUAUUUGUUAACAUUGUCAAGUUCCUCUAUAACCACAGAGGAACAAGGGAAAAGGAAUGUAUAUGUAUGUGAAAGACAUAUCACUUUUUGUCAUAAUAGAGAUGUGUAAAUUAGUGAGGCCAGUGAAUGUGUAAGGAUGUGAUGAGUGACGACCAUGGGCAAUCUCAUACAUGCAUGAUGUGUUUUGUCUGAUACAUCGAUGGUAGAAAGAGGACAGGAUAUCAUUCUACAAAUUCAUCAAUGAUUGUAAUUAACUGUAUAUUACAUUGUGUAAAGGUCAGUGUUUAUGUGUGUGAUAGAAAAUGAAAGGGCGAGAAACAGAGUGUUUACAUGUGUGUAUUUGUGUCAUAUGACAGAGUAUAGUGUACAGACUUCACUCUUCGUGGAGUGGCAAUUGAUGGAGAUCACCUCAUUUUCCGGGGUGUGUUUUUAUUGCCUCAUAGUAUAGAGACUUGUACUGGAGGGAAAAUUGUAUUUGAUAUAUUUAAGAUUUCUAUAUUGUUUGAAUUCUUAUCAAUAAUACUCUAAAAAAUGGAAUAAAAACAUUCAA